AAAGGGAACGCUGUGGUCUCCGGGCAGUAUUGAUCACGUACUCCACGCAAGAUGCGACUGGGUCUCUCCCUUGCCGUUGCGUUGCUGGGGACCUUACACCUGACCUCGUCCGCCUCAAGUGGUAUAUUGACACCCAGUGCCUUCGCUGUGCAACAUGACCUUCCUGCGGAGGUUCCUAACGCAUCAGCCGUCGAACGUAAAAACGUUUCUUCGUCGGGAAGUCAGAAAUGUGGAAUGUCGAAGGUAAUAGUCAACGAAACGACCAUGAUCACCAUCCAAAAGACCGUAGAAACGAAGACCAUCACUGACCAGAAGUGUUGCUGCCCCGAAGAUGUAAGUCUACAAUGUAAAGGUUGCCCCGACGGUGGAGCAAAAGAGGAAGCUCCUGUUACAGUACCUCCGCCUGCUACGAAACCUGGCACGUCAACGACGCCUCAGACACCAACUUUAUCAACAACGCAGGCACCAACAGUUCCAUCCACGCGUUUUACGACCCCAACUACAGAGCCCCCAACUUCACCAACAACAAAGGCACCAAUAGUUCAAACUAACCGUCCUACGGCCACCACUGUAACGCGCCCAACUUCACCAACCACCCAGGCGCCAACAGUUCCAAGCACACGUCCUACGACCGCAAGUACAGAGCCCUCAACUUCAUCAACCACCCAGGCGCCAACAGUUCCAAGCACACGUCCUACGACCGCAACUACAGAGCCCUCAACUUCACCAACCACCCAGGCGCCAACAGUUCCAAGCACACGUCCUACGACCGCAAGUACAGAGCCCUCAACUUCAUCAACCACCCAGGCGCCAACAGUUCCAAGCACACGUCCUACGACCGCAACUACAGAGCCCUCAACUUCAUCAACAACCCAGGCUUCAACAGCUCCAACCACACGUCCUAUGACCACAGCUACAAAACCCCCAACUUCGCCAACAACCCAGGCAUCAGCAGUUCAAACCACACGUCCUACGACUACCACUCCAAAGCCUGAGGUAUCGGCAACAACCCAGACAGCAAAAGGCGCCGAACUCCGGCCGCAACCUUCCGGUUCGCCCACUAAGACGUGCAGCAUCGACAAUUGCAAGCCUCCCAAGUGCACAUGCAUGAGCGAGAAACCUCCGGGAGGACUCAGCGUAGGGGACAUGCCUCAGUUCGUGAUGCUGACCUUCGACGACGCUGUCACGAAGCAAAACAUGCAGUUCUACCGGGAGCUUCUCGGGGGUCUCAAGCGCAAGAACAAGGCCAGUGGUUGCGGCAUCGCGGCAACUUUUUUUCUCUCGGCCGAGUAUCUUGACUACCCGUCCGUGAACGAGCUAUACAGGGGUGGCAACGAAAUUGCUCUCCAUUCCAUCAGCCACAAUACAGAUACAUCUGGAAGCUACUGGAAUGGGCUGGACACGGAGAAAUGGGAGCGCGAGGUCGUCGACGAGAGGAAGAUGGUAGCGAAGUACGCCAACGUUUCCGAAGACGACAUCAGGGGUCUCCGGGGCCCUUUCUUCUUCACCGGGGGCGACGCAGGGUUCCGGAUGCAACACCGUCACCUUGACUACGACUGCACGCUGAUCCACAAGCGGGACGGCCCAGAAGACGCCCCGGUAUUCCCAUACACGCUCGACUACGGCUUCCAGAAGCCUUGCAUGGUGAAGGAGUGUCCCAACGACAGCUAUCCCGGCCUCUGGAGUGUUCCCCUAAACUAUCUGUUUAGAAAAUAUAAGGAGGAAGGAGUCGACAAAUAUGGGCACUGUGCGAUGGCGGACGCCUGUACACCGAUACUGGAAUCUUCGGAGGACACCUUCCAGUACCUAAGGGACAACUUCGAGAACUUCUACACUACGAAUCGGGCGCCGCUUCCCGUCUUCCUCCACGAGGCGUGGCUCAGGGACGAGGAACGAAAGAAAGGCUACCUAAGAUUCGUGGACUGGCUCCUGGAAAAAGAAGACGUGCACCUGGUCACCGUCUCCGAAGUGCUCGACUUCAUGAGGGACCCCAGGCCCAGGAGCAGCUACGCCCAGCGCCGCUGCACCAAAGACCUGCCCGAGUCCACGUGUCCGAAGACGAGAAACUGUCAUUUCCCAACGACGACGCGUGGAAUGGAACGGUACAUGAACGUCUGCGGAACGACCUGUCCCACCAACUACCCGUGGAUCAACAAUCCGGACGGCAAUUAGCGCCACCAAGAACCUACCCCCCCUUUCCCCUACAUCCCCCUUCCCUCAUUUCGUGUUUAUGGUCACUGGUAUGCGCCCACUCAUUGUCAAUGCACAAGCGAAUUUUGUCACAACAACUGUAGGCAUUUAAAAAGUGCAGAAACCCAUUUUUGGUAAAGAGAAGCGUCUGUGCAUUUGUAACUCGACAGCCAGCGCUACUACAACGCGUAACGUCAGAACUCAAUGCGAAGUUCAAGUUCGUCUGCUUCUUUUGCACGGACUGUGGUGACGUCAAAACGCCGAUCCUUGAUUGGCUCUGGUCGAAGGAUAGUGGGCAUACCUGAAGGCAAGCUGCCUUGACGUCUGCCCACUAUCCUUCCAUCAGAGCCAAUCAGAAAUCGGCGUUUUGAUGUCACCACAACCCCUGCAAAAGAAGCAGACGAACUUCAACUCCGUAUUGUCGCCAACGUCUUAAAAAACGCAAGGAGUGGCUAGGUACUACCUUCCCGCCUUGUUAAAUGUAGGUACCUACGAAUGGAACUCACUAUCCACGAAUCUUGUAAAUAGAUAAAAUGUGUGUAGUUUUCUUGAUAAUUUUUUAUCGAAAACUUAGGAGUGCUUUUACUCUUAAAAUGCCACCGACUUGAUUUUGCCUCAAAACUGAUACUACAUUAAAAUAAAUACAAAUAUUUAUGGGAGUGGGCAUGUUGACGCUGACUCGUGUCUGCCUCUAAGCCCUUGAAUGAAUCUAGAAUAUACGCUAAUAAUAGCCAUCGUCUUCCCCAAUGAUUGAAUUCGCUGCCGCGACAAAUCCUUCGGGCCUGUACCAAACCGCGCUGCCCUAUUUAUGCUCAGUGUCCGUGAACGAACUAAUAAGCGGGGAUUGUUUUUAUGUAACAUCUCUGACAAUUUAAGUAUCGGCUUUCUAGAAUUCCCUCUUUCUGUCGGAUCGAUAUGAUAUACAUGGACACACUGUGUAUUAUGCGUUUCCCUUGCACGGACCAACAUUGCGAUCAUUAUUUGGUGCAAGCAUCAGAUAUCACGUUUUAUGUUGAGUGCGGCUCUUUGAUUAUAUGGCUCGUGUUCUUGAUGUAAGAUGUUCUUCUGCUGCCGAGUGUAAUAAGGCAGCAGAUGUGUUUCCGGGAAAAUAAAUAACUUAUUUAUAUGUG